CAAACGAAUUCUUAUUCAUACACCUCGCCACGACCGUUGCUGCCGCUGAGCGCGCGCUUCGAGUCCAUAUUCCGCGUAAUCUUAUCGAAAUGUGAAUCGUCGAAUGCAAUUACAGUAUUUAUAUAAAGUGAUACCAUAAGUGAGAUUCUUAUGGAAAUAGUGAAUACGGCACGCUGGAAUCGGGCGCUAUGAAAACAUUCAGUCAAACCAGUGUUUUUGUUCUUUUUGUUUCAACGGUGCUUCGUGAUCGGCUCCAACGCAAGCUUACCUUUGCCAUGUGCGUAAGGUAGUGUUGUGCUCCUGUUAGUUUACCAUAAACUAAUAUGCUAGCCUGUGAAUAUUGCGAGAACUAAAGUGCUGAGUGGUGCAGUGCUUUGGUGAAUCAUAGUUUAGUGUCAAUAUGAAAGUGACGGUGUGUUUUGGUUCAGUACGAGUGUUGGUACCUUGUGGGGCUGGCGACCUUUUGGUGAGGGACCUCGUACGGGAAGCAACGCUCCGAUACAAAAAAGCUACCGGACAGGGUCCAGAGACAUGGGUGGGUGUGAGAGCGUUACGAGCCAGCUCCGGCGGUAUACUCGACCCAGAUGACCGCGUGUGCGACGUGGCUGACGACCGCGAGACGCUGACGGCGGAGUGCGCGAACCAGGCGCAGCCGCGCGCCGCGCAAGCGGAUGGCGCGAGCGGCUCGUCAGCCGGCACCGCCUCCCCUGAUAUGUUUCGGGGGGGAGGUGGAGUCGGCGGCAGUAUGCGGGUACCAAACAACGACUCUUGCGUGGAGGUUGGAGCUGCAGAUCUCGAAGACGGCGCUAACGGGCUGCAAGUGCGUCGUGGCAGCGAGCCCACCUUACACCAGGAUACUCUACCACCACAGCGACAAGUAACAGACCAAACGAAGCGCUGGUCAGCUGCGGUAGUGUGCCGCGACGACACGCACGCGCCGCGCUCUGACCGCACGCACGCACACGAUAACGCGCACUUUCAGAGGCAAACCAAUAGACUGUCCAUGCAGUUCUCGGGGCCUGGCAGCGGUGUAUGGAUGGAGGCAGCAGAAAGAGUACAAAUGUACGGCAGCAAGAGCUUACCGAGAGAUGCGCGCCGAGAGCCGCUAGGGCAGGACACUAGCGAGCAUAGCAAUAGAGUAGAAGAUAUGUUGCGGUGGGUGUCGGGCGUCAACAACGUGACGAACGUUCACACUGCGCAAGAACGACCCGCGGAUCUUAUUAAUGAAGGUCGAACCAGCGAGCGAGCCAUAUCCAUGGAAGUCCCCGUGAGCCCCGCGAAGUCCCAGGGGCUUGGGGCUUCGGGGGCGCAGGCCGUGCACGUGUCGCUGGUCAAGGGGGAGAAGGGGCUCGGCUUCACCAUCACCACACGGGACAACCCCACGGGGGGACACUGCCCCAUUUAUAUUAAGAAUAUUUUGCCUAAGGGUGCAGCAGUAACAGACGGUAGAUUACGAGCUGGAGAUAAACUGGUAUCAGUGAAUGGAGUGUCUGUAUCAGGGCUCACACAGCAACAAGUGGUCGCGUUGUUAAGGAACACCCCCACUGACUCCACUGUGGACAUACUUGUCGAACGGGCACUGCCUAAUCGGACACAGAGGGUAGAACCCCAGCAGAGUCCAACAAAAUACGCAGAAAAAGCAAUAGGUGCCCCCAAACCAGAAAGCGAAAGAGCCAUAGAGAACGGCAGAGUUUCCAGUAUUGUCAAUGCUAUAAACGCAAAUAAUAACUCUACGAGAGGCAGAGUGUCAAAGAGCUCUUCGAAAGAUGACCUGGUUAAGGAUCAGUCUUUGGAUUCUGCGUUGCAGGAUGCUUUGAAUUCUUCUACGGGAUCUGUGUCAGGGCUAAGAAAUCGUCUUAUAUUAAGACUAGAAGUGCCAGUACACGAGUCGGAAAAGGCGGGUCUAGGAAUAAGUGUGAAGGGGAAAGUGACGGCAAGUCCGAAACCUCAUGACUUGGGGAUCUUUAUCAAGUCGGUGCUACAUGGAGGUGCUGCUUCUAGGGAUGGCAGGUUGCACACAAACGACCAGUUACUCUCCGUGAACGGUGUAUCACUAGUGGGCCAGUCGAACGCGGAAGCCAUGGAGACGCUGCGGCGCGCUCUCGUGCACGCGCGGCCCAACGUGCGGGGCGCUAUCUCGCUCACUAUCGCGAGGCGUACUGACAGCACAGACAACCUAGCGAGGUGGAAGGACGACACACCACCAAACGGCAACGACACAACCAACUCAAACGAUACAUCCCAAAACUACAACACCGUGAUCUACAACAGCGAAAAACCAGACAUACAAAACAACAACCACGAUGACAAGAAAACCUCUAUCGUUACAAUAAACAACAAUAGCUGGAUAUCUAACCAAUCGGAUGACAGCAAAGGGUAUCUAGAGCGGGACAAAGAUACGAUUCCCCAUGAUAGUAAGCGAGAUAGCUUUGAAUGGAGUCGCUUGGACGGUUGGAACCCGGUUAUAGACCGAUUAACCGGGUUAAGGAAUGAGAGCUAUUACAUGGCAACGCAGUUAGAAGCACCGGCACAAGGCAGGUUGGGGCAUGUGCACAUGGCACGUGCGCCUGCACACCAUCAUGUUAUUAUUGAAGAGGACUAUGGCACUAAGGGCAGCAACGGCGGUGAAUCCGGCAGCGAAUGCGGUGGGUUCAGUCGAGAUGCAGUUGGUCGUCGCUCUAUGUCUGAGAAACGACACGCCGCGUUAGAUGCUAAAACCACCGGCACUUAUAAGAAGAUUAAGGAGGUUAAAGCGGCUGCCGUACCCGUUGGCCCAGCACUAGGAAUGCGCAAGUCAUCUAGUCUAGAAUCCCUUCAAACGGCCAUACAAGAGACGCAGAGAAAUCCGCGCAACGAGCCUAUAUAUGCGCGUGCGCAUCCACCAUUAAAACACUGGUUAACGGACGACAACAACGCGCCGGAAAUAAUCCGCGGCUCGCCGCAACAGUCGUCGCUCUCACACAAGAAACCAUCUCUACUUAAGUCAUUAUCAACUAUGUUUAGGAUCGGCAAGCCGCACAAACGUGAGGACGCAGUGUAUGGACGCGCAACUCCCGCACGAUCUUCUGAGAAAUCACUCGCUAGAGAUGAACGACGGGAUGAAAAUAGAGAAGAGCUUCGUUCCCGCCAAAGCAGCGAACGUAGCACGCGGUCAGAGAGAAGACAUGCACCCGCCAUACAGGCAAUGGAGAGUGCGUGGGGUCCGACUGGACACUACGUCAACUAUGAAGAAAUACAACAAAAUUUAAACGCCCGUCGAGAGAAACUAAGCGAAGUCCAAAUCGGUCAAAUGAGGCGACAAGUGAACGCGCAGAGAGCCAAAGCUGAAGAGGAAAGCCGUCGCAUCGUGGGGUCAGUAGUUAAUCAGACGCAACGCUCUUGGCGCGAAACCCGACCUCACUCUACAUACUACGAGUAUGAAGCCGCUCCUCCGCGUAGGCCUGGGAAACUGUCACAUUAUCACUAAAAUCAAAAACUAUUAUAUGUAAUAACUUUCAUUGUAUUCAAAUAACCAAUUUUGAUAAACGCUCGGGCGCGCUACACGCAUAAGCAAGCAUAUUUGAAUUGGUUUUUUCGUCGCAAAUGGCGACGAUAAAACUAAUUUGAUUCUAUUCUUAUGUAUAUUUAGAUAAUGGUCGAUAAUCGAUAUUUUACAAUGGUGUCCGGGCAGUGCUAAGCUGAUUUUAUACCGGACGUUUAAUUUAAUGUGUUUUUGAUGACACCUGUCUAAGCCGAUUAGCGACAUAAAUAUACCCAAUAUAUUGUGUAGUAGCACGCCUUAAAUUCAUAUAAGCCACCAAAUAUUUGUUAAUUAUUCCGAUUUGUAUUUAUCAUUCAAAACAUUUAAAUAGCUAUAAUUGGAUAAGCUUCGAAUCAAUUUGUGAAGUUAUUUAAAAGGAUAUAGGAAUAAGAAAUGUAAAAACAUUGUCUAAAUCUUGAAAGAAUUAUAUUUUAGUCGUUUAAUUGCACGCCAUCUUGCUUUUACCAUUGAAUGUUACAAACAGCGCCUCUACCGGGAACGUUAGUAAAAAUGAGAUGAAACGUUAUAAAAUAAUAUUCAUUUAUGUACAUCAAUUUUGAGAAGAUUGCUUAUUUAUUUUUAGUACCUAUUCAAUUUAAUUUUCAUAUUUUUACACUUUUCCGUAUUUUAAAUGGUUUAGGCAAGAUGGCACGCAAUAGACGACUGUUCUUAAUGAAGCAUAAGUAUAUUCUUUUAAGAUUUAGAUCAUUUAAAUAAAUAUUGGUUUUAGUUUAUUGUCAUUAGUUGGAGCUCUCAAGAUAUUUUGUCACUUUGUAAAAAAAUGUUAUUUAAAAAAUUCCUCUAUUUCGUAAUUUACAACGUCAAUAAAUCAACAUCACACCUCAGGAAAAAAACGUCAUAUUUUAAACAGAUUUUCCUCAAACUAUUUUAACUCCCAAAAAAUGUGUUCUCCGAAAAAUUUAGUUAGAAAAUGUCGAAAAAAUUUUACAUAUGAAACCAUAUUAUGUCCUCCAUCAUCGUUUAACGCACUUAGGCGUUUCCAAAGAAACUCGAGUGAGAUCACAAACUACGGAAUUUACGUAAAACUAUUAUGAAGUUUUACUUCAAUUAUCCGAAAGUAUACAUUUUCGGCGAUAAACAUGAAGUUUAGCUAGUUGAUUUAUUUUUGUAGUCCUAGGAAAUUUUUAAUUUUUUGUUUAAAAGUUAGGUCAAUAGUAAAUUUGUGUAGGUAAUUAAAAAUGUAAAAAAAAAAUAUUGUAAAGACUUAAUCCUAUUAUUUGAAUCCCAGUGUUUUUUGUAAUAAGUAUAUAUAAUUAGUUACGUUAUCGAUCUUUGUGGCUAUUAUUAAAGAAUAUUUGGUAACAAGUUAUAAAAUGAUUGAGUUAGUACAUUCGAGGAAUUGAUUUUCAAUUAUAUUUUUGUAAUGUAAAAUUACGGUUUAUAUAUAUAUUUUUUCUUUUUUUACAAAAUGGAAUGUUUUUUUCUUAUGAAUUCAUCGUAUUAAUUAAAACUGGCUACUAAAAUGUACAUAAUUCCAAAUUGAAUUGUUAUAAGCUAACUGUAGGAUAAUAAAUUAUGUAAAUUUAAUACAUUCCUACUUACGUGUAAGAAUCAUAAAUCAAAGAAGCUUUAAAGUGUAGAGUAGACAUUUAAGCUAAGUAAAGGUUUUUUUUUUAUUAUUAUAUCGUAUUUACGUAAAAAUGUGACUGAUUAUGUAUGAAAAUUAUUCAUGUUUAUUUUAUAAAAUGAUGUCAUUGAAAUUGUGCUUUUGUAUCGAAGUUAGAAUCGAAUGUUUAAUAAUUUAUUAUGUAACUAUUCCGCCCCCAUUCAAUAUUCGUAUUCCGUCAUAGUUAUGUGAUAUUACAAUAAGGUUUCCUACGACUCAUCUGUUGAAAAGUUGUUCUAUUAUAUUGAAUAAUUUGUCAAUUUAAUGCGAGGCCUAGAAAUUUAUAAUUUCUCAUAAAUGUUCCGUUGAUUUAGAAUAACUAAAUCAUGUCUUCUAUUCGUAUUUGUAAAUAUAAUUCAAAAAUUAUUUCUGAGAAGAAUUUAGAAAAAUAAUAAUAUUUGUUAAACUUGACUUAUUGUAUUAAUUAAUUAUGAACAAUUGUAGUUUUAAGUUGUAUUUGCAAAUAUAUUAUUUUGCAUCUAAGUGCCCAUACUGUAUAUAGAACAUGUUUUUGUAACGUGUAAGCGAUAUCGAUUUGUAUUAUAUUUUUUAUGUUGUAUUCAAUGCGAUCGGCCAUGUGUACCUUAAAUCAAUAAAAAAUGAUAUUACAAGCAA